AUGCACCAGGGGUAUGUGGGCAACAAGGCGGCGGUCUUCCCCCUGCAACUGCUGGGCUUCGAUGUGGACCCAAUCAACUCCGUGCAGCUCUCCAACCACACUGGGUACCCCACGUGGAAGGGGCAGAUUCUGGAUGGAGAGCAGCUGGGGGCGCUGAUAGAGGGCGUGGAGGCCAAUGGGCUGCUCUUCUACACGCACCUGCUCACCGGUGGCUCCUCUCCUUCUAUUUUCUCCCUCACACACUUUCCUUUCCCCCCUCUCUCCCUCUUUCCCUCCCUCCUUCCCUCCCUCUCUCCCUCUUUCCCUCCCUCCUUCCCUACAUUGACUCAAUCUGCUCCUCAUUCUCUCAGCUCCUCUCCUUCCAUUCUCUGCCUCACACACUUUCCUUUCCCCCCUCUCUCCCUCUUUCCCUCCCUCCUUACCUCCCUCUCUCCCUCUUUCCCUCCCUCCUUCCCUCCCUCUCUCCCUCUUUCCCUCCCUCCUUCCCUCCCUCUCUCCCUCCUUUCAUCAGAAGCUGUGCUCGCACGAACCUUGCAGCACCGCUCUCCACCUCUGGACGGCACCGAGUCCUCUCCCACUCCCCCCACUCCCAAGCGCCUGGAGCUCUGCCUCGUUCAGAGCCGUGAUGACUAUAUAAGCCCGCCUGUUGUGUUACGUGCACAAGCGGUUGAAAGCGGUGUAGAUGGUUUGGAUGGAUUGCAAGAUGGUGAAAGUGCCUUGGUGAGCAGUGACAGUGUAGGGGUGCUGCAGGAUAAGGGAGUUGAUGCUCAGCUGACAACUGAGAGCUGA